CCCUUCCCGUGAACAGCCCUAUGAAUAAAGGGGAUGCCAAGGUAAUGCGGUGCAUUGUGGAGGUCAUCUCCGACUCGCUGUCCAAACCCAGCCCCAAGCCUGUCAGCCACGAGUGUCUGGAGACCCUGCAAGGAGAUGAACGCAUUCUUUCCAUCCUGCGACACCAGAAUUUGCUGAAAGAGCUCCAAGACCUCGCUCUCCAAGGAGCCAAGGAGCGGGCCCAGCAGCAGAAGAGGCCCAGCAGCUUUGAGGAGGAGCUCUCCCAGGUGCUCCAAGGCCCCAGCAACGCAGCUGGGGUGCAAGCGGUGACGGUGACAACGACAGAGGCAGCCCCGGGGGAUGCCGAGCAGACGAGAGAGGACGCAGCCGAGCCGAAGCCCGGCGGGGCCACCCAGGAGGCCGAGCCCCCAGCCUCCCCAGAGCCCGGGCAGGAGUCCCAGGCUGCCGAGGACAGCCAGGGCCCCAGCCCCCGGGCACCAGCCAGCCUCCCCGCGGGGAGCCGGGAGGACCCCUCACAGGGCCCGGGCGAGGGAGAGCGGGCCCUGAGCCCGGAGCAGAGGCCGCAGGCAGAGGCCCCACACCGGGAGGAGGAGGAGGAGGAGGGGGCCGAGGCCGAGGAGAAGGCAGCCGCUGAGGAUGAAGACCCCACUGCAGCGUUUGACUCCCACCCCAGCCUGGGCUCCAAGAACAUCCAGAAAGGUGGGCAGGACGCGCUGGCCACGGAUGGCGCUGGGAAGCCGGGGGCAGAGCAGGCCCGGGGCCCCACGGGGCAGGGAGAGCAGCGGGUGAUGGAGGACGAGGAGGAGGAGGAGGAGAUGGCCGGGGCCCCUCGAGGCCUCUUCCAGGGCGGGCAGAGCGGCCCGCGGCUCCCCGGGGAGUGGGAGGACGCCAAGCGAUGGAGCAGGAUGGACCAGCUGGCCAAGGAGCUGAGGGCGGACCAGCGGCCGGAGCGGCCGGCCGAGGACGACGACCCCGACCGCUCCAUGAGGCUCUCCUUCCGGGCCCGGGCCCCCGGCUUCCCCGGGCCUCAGCUGCGGCGGGGCUGGCGGCCGCCCUCCCGGGACGACAGCGGCGAGGAGAAGAAGGAGGAGGAGGGCAGCGCCAACCGCAGAGCCGAGGACCAAGAACUGGAGAGCCUGUCGGCCAUCGAGGCAGAGCUGGAGAAGGUGGCCCACCAACUGCAGGCGCUGCGGCAGGGCUGAGGCGCCGGCCGGAGGGGCCCCACGGCCCUGGCCCUGCUGCCCCCUCUGCGGGCCCUCCCCUGGCCAGCCCGCUGCCCUUCGCUCCCCUCUGACCUCAGCGCCUGCCCUGGACGCCCCUGCAAGGGGGCCUCCACCUCCAAUCUGGAUCACUCCUCUUAACACAGGCAGCUUUCUAGAAGUUUCCUUUCAAUCUUCUAAUCCAGUGGACACAACUGCAAUAACUUCUGAUCUUUGGGUGACAGCUGAGAACUUUCCAACUGCAACAUAUUCCAGAUGAAGUUGAUCUAAGGAAGAAUAA